AUGGCGGCUAGGGACCGCUUCGGUGCCUACGCUGACCCCGGCUCUUCGCCAUUACAGCGGGCAAUUCGAAGAGCCUGCGAUCCUCAGAACUACGAACCGAACCUGGCCCUGAACCUCGAAGUUGCGGACCUAAUCAACUCCAAGAAAGGCAAUGCGCCCCGAGAAUCCGCAUUCGACAUCGUUCAUCUCAUCAAUUCCCGAAAUCAAAAUGUGGCGUUGUUGGCGUUGGCGCUACUCGAUAUUGCCGUCAAGAACUGCGGCUAUCCGUUCCAUCUCCAGAUUGCCACAAAGGAAUUCCUCAAUGAAUUGGUGCGCAGGUUCCCCGAGCGACCCCCCAUACGGGCCUCCAGGGUCCAACACCGCAUCCUGGAGUCGAUCGAGGAGUGGCGCCAGACUAUCUGCCAAACUUCGCGCUAUAAAGAGGAUCUCGGCUUCAUUCGGGAUAUGCAUCGCCUGUUGCUAUACAAGGGUUAUAUGUUCCCAGAGGUCCGUCGGGAAGAUGCAGCGGUAUUGAACCCAAGUGAUAAUCUUCGUUCUGCUGAUGAGAUGGAGGAGGAAGAGAGAGAAGCGCAGUCUGCUAAACUCCAAGAAUUGAUCCGGAGAGGCACUCCCUCCGAUCUACAGGAAGCAAAUCGGCUCAUGAAGGUCAUGGCCGGAUUCGAUAAUCGGCAUAAAACUGACUACCGGGCCAAAGCUGCAGAGGAGGUCGUCAAGGUUCAACAGAAGGCCAAGAUUCUGGAAGAAAUGCUACAAAAUCAGCAGCCUGGAGAACCUCUCCCCGAGGGCGACGUUUUCGAGGAGCUUGCGGGUGCCUUGCAAAGCGCCCACCCCAAGAUUCAAAAAAUGUGCGAAGAAGAGUCCGAUGAUCCCGAGGCCGUCAACAAGUUAUUGGAAAUUAACGACAGCAUACAUCGCACAAUCGAGCGGUAUAAGCUAGUCAAGAAGGGUGAUCUGGAUGCAGCAUCGCGGAUCCCCAAGGGAACACUGGGCACCUCCACCGGUGUCUCGAAGAAUGCAAACAAUGAGCUCUCUCUAAUCGAUUUCGACCCGGAGCCUGAAACCAGUUCCAAUGGUAACGAGGCUGGGCCAGCUCAAAGUGGUAGCUCACUGGAGAAUGACCUGCUCGGACUUUCAUUAGGCGAACAAGGACCUUCUCCUGGAGGUGGUAUCUCUCUCGGAUCUUCCAGUAAGUACCUCGGCGCAUUCUUGCUCGAAACAAUAUCACUGACCAACAUCAAAGUCAACUUCCCGUCUAUGUCAGCAAGCUCAACACCGCCUGCUCUAUCACAACCCCAACAGCAGGCAUCAACAGCCUUCAAACCUAAUUAUGAUAUGCUUGCUUCUAUGAACAGUUCGCGACCUGUCUCUCAGUCCCCCACACCCAUCAUGCGAGCCUCACCCCAAGUGCAGCCUACAGCGACUCCGCCACCACCAGCGGCUGACCCAUUCGCAUCCCUUGUCUCUGCCAGCCCGCGGGCAACAUCCAGUCCCUUCCAACCACCGCUGCAAAGCCAACAUGCUCCUUCGUCCUCAUUGCUUGAUCUGGUCGGAGGCCCGAGUUCGUCUCCGCAACCCGUGCAGCAAGCCCCGGCAGAAGAUGAUGAGUGGAACUUUGCAUCCUCGCUGCCAGCCAGCAAUGCCCUCCCAUCGACCAACAAGAUUCAGGUCCUCAACUCCCAACUUCGUGUUGACUUUGCUGUGCGUCGGGUGCCGAAUCAGCCGCGCCAAAUUCAUGUUGUGGCCGUUUUCUCCAACACAACCAGUCAACCCAUUGGGGCGCUCCAUUUCCAGGUCGCCGUAGAGAAGUCGUACACGCUCCAGCUCCGCCCGCAAUCGGGCCGCGACAUAGCACCUCAGCAGCAGCAUGGUGUGCAACAGGAGAUGCUUAUGGAUGGGAUCGACAUAGGCAAGGGCAACUCAGUGAAAAUCCGGUUCAAGGUGUCUUACCAACUCGGCGGUGAGGCCCGCGAGGAACAGGGUAUGGUGCCACCGCUAGGCAUCGCCUGA